AUGCGCAACCUCAUUGUGUCCUUGAUCUCUGCCGCUACAGCUGUCUACGGAUAUGCUGAUCCGAUGGGUUGCAGCGGUGUUUGCACCAAUGCUCAUGACCCAGCACUCAUCCGACGUGACGAUGGCACUUACUACCGAUUCUCCACUGGCGGCAAGAUAGCCAUUCACAGUGCGCCGAGCAUCACAGGACCCUGGACGUACAAGGGUGCCGCGAUCCCUAACGGCUCGAAGAUCAACUUGAACGGCAAAGACGAUCUCUGGAUCUUUUCCAAAAAAACCACUUCUGACGAUGUGCAACAGGCGCCUGAUGUUACCAAGGUUGGCAACACGUACUACCUAUACUACUCCGUAUCAGCCUUCGGCAACCAGAACUCAGCUAUUGGUGUUGCUACAAGCUCAAAUCUCGAUACCUGGAACGACCUAGGCUCCACCGGCAUCACAUCGAAACCAGGCGACAACUACAAUGCCAUCGACGGUGCCCUGUACUGGGACGGCUCCAAGUUCGUCAUGUCAUACGGUUCCUUCUGGGCCGAUCUCUUCUCCAUCAACAUGCAGAACCCACCUACCAAGAUUGUGAGCGGUGCCAGCAAGGUCCCGCUCGCAUUCAAGCCCGAGGGCGAGCAUGCCCAGGAAGCUGCCUUCAUCGCGUUGAAUGGCAAAUACCACUACCUCUUCUUCUCGGUCGGCAAGUGCUGCGGUUUCGACGCCAACCGCCCUGCCAAGGGCGCCGAGUACAAGAUCCAGGUCUGCCGAUCGACCAGCGCGACUGGAGGAUUCGUCGACAAGGCUGGCAAGAAGUGCACCGAGGGUGGAGGUACAACCGUCUUGGAGUCGCACGGUUUCGUCUACGGACCUGGUGGUCAGGGUGUCUACUACGACCCUCAGAUGGGCCCUGUCCUUUACUACCACUACGUCGACACGCGCAUUGGCUACGCUGAUGGCCAGAAGAGGUUCGGUGUCAACAAGAUUGACUUCUCGAGCGGAUGGCCGGUUGUGUAA